CUUCAGAGGAUGUGAUGCAACGCUCCUAUUACCAUAAUGUAGGCUGAUAUCAUAGCGUGAAGCCUCAGCCAAUCCGCGCGCUCCGCUCUCACCACCUGCUACGCACCGAAUUCCAUCAUUCCAAGCAUUCCUCCUCCUUCUCUCACUCCACUUCUUCAAGUCUCCCUUGUUUUUACCACCGACCUGAUCACUACUGGGACUACUGAUACUGCUUCUGUCCUCACGAGAUCGGGAGUAUCUUAUUUAUCCGUGGAAUUUGAUGAUAAGUGGUUGUUUUCUUGGAUAUAUUUCUUGCUUCCUGCUUUUGUUUACGGACACGAGCGCACACUGGAAGAUACCAAAGUGGCGCUUGUAGGAGGUAUCCAAGUAUGGAGACACCACUGGAUGUUCUGUCGAGAGCCGCCUCAUUUGUUCACGCAAAUGAAGAAGAAAGUGAAGGAGCAUUGAGAGCGGACCCCAGACUCCAAGCUCUGUCCCUGUCGUCCACCUCCUCCAUCUCAAACCACCGCACAGGGCCUCCUCCCAUCAGCCCCACCAAGAGGAAGCUGAGCGGUGACCAUGGCGACAGCGACAUCGACGACAACGAACACGUGGCCAAGAUGAGCAGACUAUUCGCUGCACAACUGAAGCCUAACGGAGAUUACCGCAGCUCUAAGGACAGCCGCAGCCGGAGCCCCCCUGAGCGUUUGGUGAUGCCCUCUGCCCUGUCAGUGCACUCCAACCACCUGUACGCCCCGCACCCUCACCCUCACCACCUGCCCCUGUCAGCCCCCCUGUCAGCCCUGAGCCUGGAACAGCCCCUGGCACUCACCAAAAACAACCACGAGAACAGCCGCGGGAGCAACGUGGUCCCACACACCGUCGUGGAACGCCAGCAGAAUCGUCCUUCGGUGAUCACAUGUGCCCCAGCGAACAACCGAAACUGUAACCUGUCCCACUGUCCCGUCUCCCACAACGGCUGCUCCAACCUCAGCAACAACUUCAGAAGAAUCAACACUAACACAGUGUGCGACCCCGUCAUCGAGGAGCAUUUCCGCCGCAGUCUGGGAAAGAACUACAAAGAACCAGAACCCGCCACAGCCACCAACACGGUCUCCAUCACCGGCUCCGUGGACGACCACUUCGCCAAAGCUCUGGGCGACACCUGGCUCCAGAUCAAGAACAAGAGCAGCCCCUCCUCCUCCGGAAGCAGCCCUAACUCCUCCCCCGAUACCCACUCAGCUAAUCACAACCACUCCCCCUCUGUCGUUUCCUGAAGUGGGCGGGUUUUUCGGUUCAGCUCAACCAAUCAGCAUCAAAGCUUCUCCACUGGUCCGCUAACUGCCGCAGAACCCUUCACAACAGCAUCAAGCUAGCAAUAACUGAACUGAAUGACAGAAGACUCUUGUAGUUUGUCGAUUGGACUGACGGGGGCGACUGGUUGCUCCUUUGAAACGUUCACCGCUUGGAGCUGAGCAAGUCUGUAGUUAUGUACAUACGAGAGAUACAGUGGUGUUUUAAUUAUUAAUUUCUUUACUUUUUCUUUAUUUUAUUGGUUUUUAUUUUAACAGUAGUUUUGUGUUCUGCCUCUGUGUCACGAGAUGCCUGAAGUUUGGAAAAAGACGUAUUACGAAACCUUAUCACAACGUUCACCAUCAGCAAAGACACCAAAAUCCCUGGUGUUUUUCUUUUGCCAUUGCCUCCUAAGUUCAAACCACAAUAUGACCAUUGCAUUAACAUCUUGCGUUUAAAUAUUCAUUCUUUUAGCAGUUGAAUUUGAGGUAGAUCUAUGUGUACCACUAUCACGAGUUGUAGUCUGGUACUGCAACACCCCAAACUAAUUUACGUGUCUGGAUAUUGCAAACUGCUAGAAUUUUCACUGCCAGAUCAACACUCUAACCAUUUGAUAUUAUAUUGGAUAUUUUGCCAGAGCAACACGGUAUUAUAAUAUUGUGUAAAGUGAUAUAACAGAAUUUUAAACAUUACAAAUUUAAUAUGAAAACCCAUGAGUAAGAUAAAUACUAGAUAAAUGCUAAUCUGAUAUGAGGCAACUCCUUACACUCCAGUAACUUUUUGGUUUCUCAAUUGGGGCGUAUCUCAUUUAUAUAUUUUUGUUUUGGUUGUUUUCAUUGCGUUUGUCUCACGUUCGUCCACCUACAAGGUUUGAAGGGUUCCUAAUGCUUACACCUGCAUGGUUUUUAUUUUAGUUGAAAUAGCUGGUAUCUAUUAGUGUUUUGAUGCAUUUCAAGAUAAUUAUUAUUCUCUUUUUCAUUUGGACGUUAGUUACUCAUGUUGUUUCAGUAACAGACACUCUUCAUUCACUGCUGGGUCAGUCGUACUCAUAUUAUUAUUGUUAAUAUUACAUUUGUAUGAUGUUUUUCAUUAAUAUCAAUAGGCUAACUGACUUCUCUAGUAGACAGCCUCUGGACAGGCUCUCAUCAAUGUUGCUUUUCUCAAAUCUAUCACUGAACGGAGUUUGAGCUGCAGUCAAGCUUAAAAGAUGUUGAUCCAUCGUUGGUACAAAGCACUAACCCCUUUAGCAUCUGAAGCACAAACACAAUACUACUCAUUGUAACAUAGAGGAGUUGCAUCAUGUUUAGAAUUACAAAACACGUGACUACUUAAUGAAGUAGUUUGUACAUAGACUCGGUUAGACACAUCCUCCAUUGCUUCUUCAACCCCAGAUCCUCACAGCCUGCACCCAAGUGAAAAACAUUCCUCCAAAAGGGAACCGUACGGCCUGUUCAGUGCAGUUUAAAGCACUGGACCGGUGUAUUGUUAUGUACCAGGGGCUUCACUGCAGCUGUGGUUUAGGAGGUUCAUUUGUCAGAUCCAUUUGUGUUGAGUGAGUUUGGUGUUGGUGCGUCCACACAUUCCACCUCUCAUCUCUCUGAGUCAAACAAGAGCCUCACUAAAGUUCACUAAAGCUCAGAGACUUUAUACCUGUGUUUAUGGAGGUGGGACUGAGCUGGAGGAGCUGAGCUCCUUCAGCGUCUGCUAAGGCUAAAGUGGAGGGUGGCUCUUAUGGUGGAUUUGACUCUGGUUUUGAUUGUAUUGGCGUUGUGCAUAAACACAGGGAAAGCUGUUGGUGUCCAGAGGAUAUUGUGUUUCUCUUAUUAUUCUUUGAUCAUUUCACUACCGCCUGUAGGUAGUCGACUCAUGGCUUCGGCACACUCCCUACCCUCAGUAGGAGAAUCACUUAAUUAAGACUUUUUAUAAUAGCUAACUAUAAGACCAUCAUUACGCUGUGCGUAACGAAUGUACAGAGAAAGAAUCGUAGGUAUUUUUUGAGGAACAAUUAAUUUGUUAAUGAUAUGUAGCUAUUUAAUUGUUGUUUUCCUGUCCUAUAUUGUAAUCAUUGCAUUUCUCUUGUGAAAAAGUUGAUCUUUUUGUUUAUAGAUUUGUGUUGUUAGCGUAAGGUUCAAGUGCAGGAACACAGUAAAUGUAUGAAACCACAUUCAGCCUCUGCUGUGGCCCGACAAUCGCUACUUCCAUAAAACUCCCACUCUCCCAUAUUCAUUUGUGUGGAUCAUCUGUGUGGAUCAUCUGUGUGGAGCAUCGUCUGCAGUGACCUGGACUGAGUCAGUAAGUGAGUGAGCAAUAAACUGUCUUUGAGUUUCUGAUGAAACUGUGAUCUGAAGAGGACAUUUAUCACAAUAUUCAACAGGUCGGACCCUUUUCAGAAAACCUCUGAGCGAUGGAACAGUCAAACAAAUGUAAACAAAUGUUGUGCAUGAGGCUGAAAUGAUCAAAUCUGAUUUUGUACUUUGUUAUUGGGGAUUUUUAUAGAUAAGAAGAUUGACUCAGCCUUCUGAAGUGGAAGUAGCCUGUACUGUGGUAGUAAUACUCUGAACUGUUAACACUUGUACCAGUUUGUGGCUGUGUCUCCUGAGAAAAGGUUUUGGCAGGCCACCCUUUUGUACGUAAAGUAGCCUCGAUGAACAAUAAAGUGCUUUUAAACCACA